AGCGAUCGAUCCUUCUCCACCAGCUAGCCCAAAUCCUUAAAUCGCGUACCCCUGGCCACUCUUCGGAUCUCUGGUCCUGCCCAUCAGUCUUUCUUGCGAUGGCCGAGGAGAGGAUGACGGUGGUGGCGGCAGUGGUGAUGGUGGUUUUGCCAUUCCUGUGAGAUCUCGUGGUGCUCGGUUGGUUGGGACAUGGAAGGAAAGGGGGGCGAGGGAUUCGGAAUCGGAGCAAGAGGCGAUGGGUGCUGCCGCUGGGUGAUCAUCAGCGGGUUCUACUGCUGGGGCUGGGAGUUCUUGACUGCUCUCCUGCUCUUCUCGUGCCGCUGAUCUCAUCUUCCGACCAAAUCAGUUUGUUUUCCUGGUCUUACUCGUUUUGUUCUUUUCCUCUCUUCCUUCUUAAGAGAAGAAGAAAGAUAUUCGUUAGAAUUUUUUUUUUUUUUUGUCCUUCCUUUGCUCGUGGAGGGAUUAAGAAAGGGGAGGGGAUGGCAGCAAAAAAGGGUGGUCGUCAGAAUAAUAACAUCAAAAAUAGUUGUAAUAGUAAUGAUGGGAAUGGUAGGAGUGGGGGAGGAGGGCCAGCGCCGUUCUUGACGAAGACCUACCAGAUAGUGGAGGCAUGGGAGACGGAUGAGGUGAUAUCGUGGGCCGAGAAGGGGAGGUCGUUCGUGGUGUGGAAGCCGGUGGAGUUCGCAAGGGAUCUCCUCCCGGCUCACUUCAAGCACAACAACUUCUCCAGCUUCGUCCGCCAGCUCAACACCUACGGCUUCCGCAAGGUGGUGCCGGACCGGUGGGAGUUCGCGAACGAGAACUUCCGUCGAGGGGAACAAAGGCUCCUCUGCGAGAUCCGACGGAGAAAGGCGGCGCCGCCGCUGGCCCCGCCGGCUGGGAAAUCCAACGCUGGCCAACACAACCCUCAUCCGCCUUCUUCAACUUCCAACUCCGGCGAAGUUCACAGCUCCUCCUCCACCUCCUCCCCUCCACCGCCGCCGCCGCCGCAGCAGCAGCUCCUUGACCUGACCAACGAGAACGAGAAGCUGAAGAAGGAAAACAACAUACUGAGCAACGAGGUGGCACAGGCCAAGCAGCGCUGCGGAGAGCUCCUCGGAGUCCUCUCGACAUUCGUGGACGUUGGCAAGCUCGACAUUGGCCUUCUGAUGCAGGAAAAGGGACUGAUGGAAGCAGCGAUAUGGAGAGAAGAGCCAAUGAAGAAGAAAGGUGUAGAAGAGGAGGUGGGAAAGAAAGAAGAGGGACUGAAGCUUUUCGGCGUCUUGCUGAAGGGGUUCGAGGGGGAGGAGAGCAAGAAGACUAGGAGGGAGAAGAGGGGGCGGUGUGACGAGGGAGGAGAGAUGUGUGGGGCUGGGGAGAGGCCCAUGAAGAUGGGCUUCGAGGCCCCCUGGAUGGGGACGUCGACGCCGGUGCAGCAGGGCAGUAGAAAAAUCUACAACUGAGCUGAAACUUAGUGAAUUGCUGAGAAUUCUAUGUAUAUAAGCCCUGUAGUAAACAAGGAAAUGUCUGAAGUAAUAUGUAGUUGUAGGAAAAUGGAAUUGCGGGUGCAGCUCAAGGAAUGCCCCAAUAUUUUUCUUCAAAGUUAAAGGUAUGGAGAGAUUACGGUAUGAAACAGGGUGUGAAGUUGCACCAACAUGCCAAUGUUUAUCGGUUGGACUUUAUGUAAUGCUCGUUUUAUUGGGUAUCUAUGAGUACAUCUAAGCUUCCUCUGUUUUUA